AUGAUUGAGGAUUACAUACACCAUUCAAUGCCAGUUGUACUUGCUGAACAGACUGCUCUUCGUCAAAUUGAAUCUAUAAUUAAUCAGAGUGGUAAAACUUUAACUGAUUAUAAUUUGCCUACAUUAGAUCAGUUAUUAGAUAAUGUCCUAGAAAAUGAUGAUGGAGAUAUUCAGUUAUUUAUUGAUGAAGCAAAUCAAGUUAGACCAUUAUUAAACGAUAAUCAGCGUAAUGUAGCUGAUGCAAUCCUUGCUGCACUUAGUGAAGAACCUAAUAAUGAAAAUAAGCAUUUAAGAUUUUUCUUUAUGGAUGGUCCUGCCGGUUGUGGUAAAACAUUUACUUACAAUUAUUUAAUUGCUGAAACACGCAGCAGGCAUAUUAGAACUGCAACAGCUGCAUGGACAGGAAUAGCUGCAACUCUUCUUAAGAAUGGAUGCACAUUGCACGGCUUAUUCAAACUUCCUGUUCCAAUUUUGGAAACUAGCACAUGUAAUGUAACUCCAAACUCCAUUCAUGGUAGAUUCCUGAGACAAGUUAGUUUAUAUUUACUCGAUGAAGCAUCUAUGAUACCCAAACAUGCUUUGAGUGCCAUUGAUAAGUUAUUACAAGAUAUUUGUAAUAAUAAGUUUCCUUUUGGUGGUAAAGUUAUUCUUAUGGGUGGAGAUUUUCGACAAAUACUUCCAGUUGUGAAGAGAGGUCGACCAGCAAAUGUUGUAGAAUCAUGUAUAAAGUGUUCUGAACAUUGGCAAUAUGUGCAAAGGUUUUCAUUAACUGAAAAUAUGAGGGUUCAGAUAGGAGAAGAGGAAUUUUCUCAAUGGCUUUUAAAGCUUGGAAGUGGAACAUUACCUGUCAAGCCUGAAGAUCCUUUGCAAGGGUGUAUUGAAAUACCUGAGCAGUGUUUUCUCAAUGAUAAUGAAUCUAUUGUGGAAAAGAUUUUUGGUGGUGCAGAAGAAGCUGAUUAUGCAAAACGUGCUAUUUUAACACCAACAAAUGUUGAUUCAUUGGCAAUAAAUGAAGAAGUCCUUCAUCGAUUACCGGGUGAUGUUAAAACUUAUUUAAGUUCAGAUAGCAUUGAAACUGAUGAUCAUAAUGAAAUUUAUAAUUUUCCAGUUGAGUUUUUAAAUACUUUGACUCCAUCAGGUAUGCCUGUUCAUUGCCUAAAGUUGAAAAUUGGUGCUGUUAUAAUGCUACUUAGAAAUUAG